ACGUGAUCACAUGAUAAAGUUGUGGCGAACAGAAGCAGCGGCAGCGGCCGGGCUGAGCUCGUGUCUCUGUUUGUGUUUGAUGGGGUUUUAGAGUCGAUGCGGGGUUUGGAUCCUGUUAGAGGUGCAGAAGAGCAGAGAGGCUGAAGGCGGGAUGGCUCGGCUGUGGCUCGUGGCUGUGCUGGUGUCUGUGGUGUCUGUGCUGAAGGCGAGUGAGGAGCGCUCACAGAUCGAGCCACUGGUUUAUGAUGAGCAGUUGCUGUGGGUGAGCGGUGGAGCAGGUGAAGUUAAUACGUACAGAAUCCCUCUGCUGUCAUUUACAUCACAAGGAAGUCUGUUAGCCUUUACUGAGGCAAGAAAACAUUCAUCAGGGGACAUUGGGGCUAAGUUCAUUGCAAUGAGACGCUCUACAGAUAAAGGAGCCACAUGGUCUCCCACAUUCUUCAUAGUGAACGACGGCUCUAUGGUGGAUGGUUUGAACCUGGGAUCAGUCGUGGUCGAUGAGCAAACAGGCUCUGUGAUUCUGGUCUACUCCCUGUGCUUCCACCAAUACCAUUGCCACCCUUCCAGCACCAUGCUGGUGGAGAGCCUGGAUGAUGGACUGACAUGGAGCGCACCUCGCAACCUCUCUGUCCAGCUUGGGGUGAAGAGCUUUGCCCCAGGACCUGGAUUUGGCAUUCAGAAACGUUAUGAUCCAUCAGCUGGUCGUCUGGUAGUCUGUGGUCAUGGCACUCUCGAGGGUGAUGGAGUUUUCUGCAUCCUGAGUGAUGAUCACGGGCGAACGUGGAAAAACGGAGCUGCACUAAAGAGCAUCCCCUACAACCAGCCCAAACAGAACCUAGACUUCAACCCAGAUGAGUGUCAGCCUGUGGAACUCCAGGAUGGAAGUAUAGUCAUUAACGUGAGAAACCAGAACAACUACCACUGUCACUGCCGGAUGGUAGUACGGAGUCUGGACGGGGGUGAGACGCUGCCUGUGGAGGAGCUAAAGUUUGACCACACGCUGGUUGAUCCUGUGGUGGCGGCUGGAGCUCUACAGAAAGAGGGAGUGCUGUACUUCAGCAACCCAGCCAACUCUCAACACAGGGUCAAUAUGACUCUCCGUUGGUCUCUAAAUGAUGGUAAGUCAUGGGAAAAGGAGGCACUCCAGAUUUGGCAGGGGCCAAGUGGCUAUUCUUCAAUGACAACGCUCGUCGGUAACUCUGUUGAAGAUAAGAAGUUUGUCUUCGUCAUCUAUGAGAAGGGCCAUCGGGAAUAUAUUGAGACUGUUUCUGUUGCCAAGAUCCACCUGUAUGGUGGCAGAUAGAAUAAAAAAAACAGACAGUCUGCUGUGAAAAAGGGAAAUAUAUGUGACUUAUUUUAACAAUGUUGCAUUUCAUUAAAUAUUCGACUAUCUGGAAGUCUUUAUUUGCAUGAAAGUCAAACUGAGCGUGAUCACUAACUUCACUUUUAAAACAACACAGAAAAUGCAGCUAUGCAUUUAAGCUCAUUAAACAUGGAUGGCAAAAAUAAUGAGUGUCAGAAAAAAGCCUGAUCGAUCGUCUUCCAGUGUUGUCAAAUGCUAUAGGUAGUGGGCUGCUUCCAGAACAGGCCAUUUAGUGAUCUCCCCUCUUAAGCAAAGCCAAUUCAUCUCACAAAGUGCCUGGUAUUUAGCUUCAAAGCUGAAAUGUAUAAAAAGGGUUGGAAAAUGAGUGAACACUGCUGUCACCUGGGAUCUAUUUUGCUUUUAUUAUUAGUUUGAGAUUAGUGCUUUGUGGUGUGGUAUUUGAAUGUAUGCUAAGUGAUUCUGAGCAAUGACUAACAUCCAACCAGCUAUAACUUAUUGUUUCUGGGGAAAAAAUGUCUAAGCCACCAUGCAGAAUUGAUUCUUUCAGGAGCUACUUUCACCCUUGUCUUCUGUCUUUUUUUUUCUUUUUAUUGUCUGCAUUUGCAUUUUUCUCUGAACAUGUCUCCAGAACUAAAGAAGGAAAUAAACCUUCAGUUUGAUCAAUUAGGCCCUAGAAAUAUAAUAUACCCUGGUUUUGUGGUAAUGUGUACUGAUAAAAGAGUGCUGAGCUGGCAGUAAAAUUAAAAACCCUAAAAGCCCCCAUUUGUUCCAUCAGAUUGCACUGGUAUCAGGAAAUGUGCCAAGUGGUGUGAAACCGAUAUGAUUUAUUGUUGACUGUAAGCACCUCUCAGGUAUUUAAUCUGAUGUGCUUGCUGUUUUUUUAUUGUAAUAUAAGAAAUCAUUAAUCAGCUCAGGUACUUUUUUCAAACAGUUUUUUCUUUUGGACAUCAUAGUUGUUUCUGAAUAUGGUAAGGAUUGAUUUGAAGAAUGACUGAUUAGCUAAGGGAGCCUUAGCCACUAUAGUCUUUGCCCUACAUCAUUGUUUUUAGAAUUUCACUUCACUCCUCACAUUUUGUUCAUGUUGUCCUUUUUGUUUCUAACAGCCUUUUCUUAAAAUGAUCUGUACUUCUGUGAAGUCAAAAUACACUGUUUUUAAAUCAUUGCUCUUGUCUUAAGUAUGUGUAAGGCAGUUGGAAAUCAUGAUGUAAACAAUAUAGAUAAAACAUGUCUUUAUCA